AGGUAGUCUGGUAGUGUUAACGAAAAUUGUUUAAAUAAAGCUGGAGGAAACGUGUACCAACUAUCGGUGGUAACGGCUGUGAAUGAGUUUGUCACGUUAGACACAUACACAUUUACAAUCGAAAGUGAAUUAAAACCAUACAAUACAAUGGCAGAGAGCGACUGGGAUACAGUCACCGUCCUGAGGAAGAAAGGCCCGACCGCAGCGCAGGCAAAGUCCAAACAGGCAGUCGCAUCGGCACAGCGAAGAGGGGAAGAACUCGAAACAACCAAAAAAUGGUCUGCAGGACAAAACAAACAGCAUCUGGUGACCAAAAACACAGCCAAGCUGGACCGGGAAACGGAAGAGCUUCACCAUCAGAGGGUCCCAUUAGAGGUGGGGAAAGUCAUCCAGCAAGGAAGACAGAACAAAGGGAUGACACAGAAAGACCUGGCCACUAAAGUCAAUGAAAAGCCCCAGAUCAUUGCAGAUUAUGAGUGUGGGCGAGCCAUUCCCAACAAUCAGGUCAUGGGCAAGAUUGAGAGAGCCCUUGGCCUCAAACUUCGUGGGAAGGAGAUUGGGCUUCCCCUCGAGACGGGACCAAAAAAGAAAUGAACACAAAGCCUCGAAGUCGACUCCUGUUUCCAGGGGGCUGAUCUCGUCUGGUUUGACCUGUUGAAAACCUGAAUCUCCAUUACCAAGCUGAAUAGUGGAGGGUUUCAGACUUGCUUUUUAAAAAAUAUAUAUAUUCGCUAACAUGGCUGUGAUGUAAAAUAUGGGUGUUAAUAUGGUAUGGGUGGUCAGAGGAAGACUCAUUAAUUUGUGGCUGAAGUCUGUAUUCCAGGAUUUUAGCACGGCCAUUUGACUGAGUGCAAAUCUUUUUUUUUUUUUUUUUUUUUUUUACAACGAUAAUUUAAUUUGCCUCCAUUUUUAGCUGUGCUUUAUAGUGCAUCUCUCGUUUCUUGGAAUUGUGGGGAUACUUGUUCACUUCAGCUGGGGACAAGUCCAAGUACUUUUUGUUUUGGAGAAAUAAAAAUUGGAACAUUUUGGCA